UGCUUCGUCAUACACAGUUCAUAUCGGUCAGGUUAGAAGAAAAAUUUCAUUUUAACUGUGACGAACAUCAUGUGUCAUUGAGAAAGUAUUUCCAAAUAACUUAAUCUCGUUGAUUUACAAUAUGGCAAUACCGUCCAGCUUUGCCAGUUCAGAUACUAUCAUCAAAUUUACAAGGCCAGGUAGUAACGUAUAAAAGGUUUCUUCAAUCAUGGAAGAUUGGCAAUUGUAUUUCACUCAUAGCAUAAGGUUGUAUAAUCAAAAAGUUAAUGAUAAAAAUCAUUUAUUGGCUGCACAGUGUACCGCGUGCUUGUGCCUCAUCAUUCAGAAUUUUGGAUUUCAAUAGUGAUACGGAAAUAGUGAACAAAGAUAUGCAUUUUAUGUAAAUGAAAAGAUCCCAAGAGAAGAGGAGACGCGCGUUAUAGACGUACUCGUGAAGAUCCAGGAUACAGUAUGGUAAACUUACCCCGUCGCAAGGAAACCCUUUACUCUGUUACCUCAGAUGACUCUGAGUAUGAUGAAGACAAUAGGAGAAAAGACUUGGUACCAAGUUUGUGGUGUGGGCUGACGAUGUUGUUGGUACUACUAAUCAGCAUGAGUCUUCAGCAUUAUUUCUUAAAUGGACUACCGAAGGCCCUUAAUGUGAAUGACAUAGUAGCUGGAAAAGAUCUUUUUAUUACUGAGAGAGCAAAGUCUGAUUUAAUUGGAUUGGCGCAAAUAGGGGAAAAAGUAGUGGGAAGUUAUCAGAACGAAGUAUUAGCUGUGGAGUAUCUACAGCAUCAUCUGCAACAAAUUCAAACGCACGCAACAAAUGGGAAGAGUGUUCAGAUCAGUUUUGCAAGAGGUAGUGGCGCCUACCUGGUAUCUGGAUUCGUCAAUGUCUACACCAACAUUGGAAACGUCCUCGCAAGAUUAUCGGAUGGAAAUAGUUCCAGCAUAGCUCUGUUGGUCAAUUGCCAUUAUGAUUCACAUCCUUCUAGUCCAGGAGCUAGUGACAAUGGAAUCAACUGUGCAGUAAUGCUAGAAGUACUUAGAGUAUUAUCUCAAAGUACAACUACAUUGGAUCACGAUAUUAUUUUUCUUUUCAAUGGCGGGGAAGAAAAUCCAUUACAAGGAUCUCAUGCAUUUGUAACAACACAUCCAUGGGCAGCUGAUGUACGAGCGUUUAUUAACUACGAUUCAGCAGGACAUGGUGGCAGGGAGACUCUCUUUCAAGCUGGCCCAAAAAAUUCAUGGCUUAGCGCCUACUAUGCCUCAUCAGUUCCACAUCCACAUGCAUCUGCAGUCAUAACAGAUGUUUUUGAGAGUGGCUUAGUCCCAUCAGAUACGGAUUUCAGAAUAUUUAGGGAUUUUGGUAAUCUCCAUGGCUUAGAUAUGGCUUAUUACGCAGGGGGACAUGUUUAUCACACGUUAUAUGAUGACUAUCACAUAAUUCCCGAUGGAUGUUAUCAACAUACCGGAGAUAACAUGAUGGCCCUGGUAAAAGCAUUGGGUAAUGCACCGGAACUGGCUCAAGAUUCUGUCGAUGGAGAUGCAUUAUUUUACGAUUUUCUUGGAUUAUUCAUCAUUCGAUAUUCUACAACCGUCUCAAUUAUCCUAAACAUAGUGGUAGCACUUUUGGGCCUUGUUUCACCAUUUUGGCCUGAUGCAGGUUGCAGCAUGAAAGACAGAGCUAUAAGUCUCGGUGCGAGCUUAUUCUGUCAAAUAUUGGGAAUAGGCUUGGGGUUUGGGCUCUCUGCCUUAGUUGGCAUGAUACUUGACUGGUCGGAUAACGCAAUGACCUGGUAUGGGAAGCCGUGGCUGCUGAUUGGCUUGUUCGUCGUUCCAAGCAUGCUUCCUAUGCUGGGUGUAAAUUGGGCCCUGACUGCUCGACCAAUAGAGCAGGUGAUCUCAAGCCGUUUAGGAACUGGGCAACGGGCACAGCAGAAUACUCAGGCUGUGGGGAUAUUUUGGGCAAUUAUUUUAAUUGUACUUACAGGUAUUGGUUUGAAAUCAGCCUAUAUAAUCGCAAUGAUUGUGGGCUUUGUCUCUGCAGCUAAUGUUAUUACUUCUGUAUUCAAGCUACAAAGAAUUGUGCAAGUUUGGCUUGCAAUUUAUGUCUGCAUUGGGUUGAUCAUCCCAACCAUCUAUGUACUCUGGCUUGGAUCGAUGAUGACCAGUUUCUUGCCAAUAAUGGGUAGAUCAGGAUCAAACAUCAUUCCGGAUCUAUAUAUAUCUUUAAUUUAUGCAUUGAUAACAUCGUUGAUUGGCAGUUAUUGGGCACCCUUAAUUGCUGUCGUCAAAAAACCAGCUGUUUUGAUUUUUGGUUUCACGUUAGCUGCCGUUUUGACCAUCUUAGCAGCUACCAUCACACCUCUUGGUACUCCGUACAGUGUUGAUCUCACUAGCCCAAAGCCACAACGAUUCUGGCUCAUGCAUGUAGCACGAACCCUACAUGACAUUGAUGGUCAAGUAAUGCACAAUGACGCAGGUUUCUGGAUUCAAAAUCUAGAUAGAAAUGGCCCAAGAACGGUCAGAGAGUAUGUAUCUAAGAACACCACUGUGAAGGUUGUAGGAAAUACACCAGGAGAUACCUGCUUGGAUGCAAUAUUCUGUGGUAUGCCCCUCUGGAAAACAAGAGACCUUAAUAUGCUGGAAGAGAGCUUUUGGAUACCGAGCGAGCCACCGACAAUUCAGCAAUACCAACCAUCGUCUCUUACAGGCGAAUGGGUGAACACAACCGCUGAGUCGAGAAGACUGCUUCUUAAUUUAACAGGGCCAGACCACAUGGCCUUGUUCUUUUCACCUAGAGACGGAGUGACUAUAUCGAAUUGGUCACUUGUUGAUGGAAUUAAUACACCCAUAAUAGUGAAUGGUAGAUCCUUGCACUUUGUGGUUCACAAUUAUGCGGUAGAACCACAGGGUGCAACUGAGAUUUGGUUGGAUUUAGCAGUUUCCGAUGGAGUAAGUCCAGUAAUUGACAUUGCUUUGAAUGCUCACUAUUUGCAUAAUACUACAGCAACCAAAACGCCUUACGCUUCGAUUCUUGAACAGUUGCCAUUAUGGGCAGCUCCUCUCCAUUGGUCGUCGACUUACAAAUCCUACAUCUUUUAAGUUUUUUAUUCUACCUAUAGUUUCCUUGAUCUAGGCCCUUGAUACACCUUAGAUUACGACUUUCUAUGAAGCUUUAACCUUUACGAAGUAAGAAAAAGAUUAAAACUUUUUUAUUGUGAA